AUGAUUAUUACUGAAAACAGAACAGGAUUUGAUGAUUUACUGAAUGAUACGAAUAUCAAUACAUCAAUGCUAUCACAUUUGAGCCAUAAUUUGCAUAUAUACGGUUAUUUGAUUAUUGGUCCAAUGCUAGUAUUGGUUAACACACCGAUCUUCCUGCUUGUGAUGUUACGUAAAGCGCUCAGGUCAAAUGUUUCAUCUCAUCAAGAUUAUUUCUAG